AGUCGCGAGCAGACUCGUGUUAACGCGUGCGAUUCGCGUACGUCCUUCGCUGAGUCAACCUCGCAGAGUCAACUGUUCCGGGAGCUUACUCCGUCGGUGGAAGUCGGUUCGCCUACACGUCGACACGCAGGAGCAACGAAUAAUGUGUCGAGGGCACGGUUUCAAGAAACUGAUGCAAGGCGAAGGCGGGUUGAAGAACAUCGUGUUGGUAGCCCUGGCUGAGAUGAUAGGCACCUCGAUGCUGGUCCUGAUGGGAUGUAUGGGAUGCGUCGGAAGCCUCGGCGUGAUUCCAUCUCACUUUCAGACUUCGAUAACCUUCGGUUUAGCCGUGAUGGUUGUGAUUCAGUCCGUUGGACACAUCAGCCAAGCUCACGUUAAUCCAGCGAUCACUGUGGGGGCGAUCGUACUUGGAAAGAAGACUCUCUCGGAGGGUUUGAUCUACUUGUUGUCCCAGAUGAUCGGCGCUAUCGUCGGAUUUGGAAUUCUAAGGUUGGUGACGCCGUCAGAUCAUCUGACGGCCAAAGGCGUGGCCGAAUUGGACUCGUUUUGCGUGACCGAUCUUCACGCGGAUCUGUCGGCCAUCCAAGGGCUUCUUCUCGAGGGCAUAUCCACCGGUAUAUUGAUGCUGGUCGCGUGUGGCGUUUGGGACAAGAGGAGCGUAAAGAACACCGACUCCUUAUCGCUUAGAUUCGGUCUGACCGUCUCUGCGCUGGCUCUGGCCUUUGGUCCUUAUACGGGUUGCAGUAUGAACCCUGCCAGAUCGCUGGGCCCGGCUAUCUGGAACAACCAAUGGACCCAUCACUGGAUCUACUGGUUCGGACCCAUCGGUGGUGCCCUUCUCUCCGCCUUCAUGUACAAAACCACUUUUGGUGUGCCGGACGACGAGGAAGAGGACACUAUUCCGGAAGCUGUUGCCUUGAGCACCGUAGAUACUCAAAAAGCAGAGGCUUGAUCCGAACGGAGGGCGGAUCGAUCGAAGGCGUCCUGGGUACAGGAUCGAUCGACACUUUUUUCGAGAAACCACAAGAGAUUAAGCAUUUAAUGGAGGACAGCCGCUCUCGAAGCCCACGGACGAUCCAAUGUUCGCUCGAACGAGGCAGAGUCGAUAGGACGGAGCUUGGAAGCUCGUUUAUCGCUUCUCGAAACAAACAUCCUACACAUACACGACCAAUCGCAUAACCAGGAUCAACUCACGCGAUCCUAUCGUCUCAGCGUUGUUCGUUAAUUUCGCGAAAUCACCAGACUGUCACUGAAAUCGCUCGUCUCGUUCGUCCUUUGCCUCGUGAGUACAGUAGUCCUUCGCUUAAAGACAGAAUUGACGGUUCUUCGUUGACCCGAGCGACCUGCGGCUCGAUUAAAAACCCUCGGUGCUGCAAAUCAAAAACUUGUUUACUUUUUCACCGGUAACUUUUGUUCUUUGGGAGCUAUUACAAUUUUUUGUAAUAAAAAUAGUCUAAAUUCGAACUAGUUUUCGGUAGAAACUACGAAGUUACGAAUUCGUACGUUGAAGUCUCCGUUCACUGUCCUCUUCGAACAACUGUAACUGAAAAUAUGUUUUCGGUCUUUAAGCGAGGUAUUAAUACUUCGAUACAGUGGUUCUCAACCUUUGGCGUAACGGUCAAAGCAAGGAACAAUGUACAAUCGCGCGUAAUUGUAUAGGCUGCUCUUGCUGUUACGUUUAGAGAGACACGUUCAGUGUUGAUUUCGUGAACGGAAAAUCACUGUACCGAUUCAUUUCAUCGUCGCCGCGUUAGUCUGUUUAUUUUCUACGUUACACGGAUUCGAGAUGACCAUUGCGAGGUUUGAAUACACUUUGUAACGGACCGAUCAAACGCCCCUGCGUCGAGCGUGCCAUUUGAACCGGAUAAACGCGUCGCAAACAAUAGGUACGCAUGUCGUCCGUCUGUUAUAUUGUACAAAAUCGUCACACUUUUGAAUCUUGCAAUUAUCCCGCUUAUGUGUGUCGGAUUUCGGGCGAAUCGAUCGUUGUAACAUUAAUUCGCGAGCUUUAUGGAGGCUCGCGCGUAACAAUGCGCUCGGAUAUUAAUUAUCCCCCCGGUUGGAUAUCGUGCGCAAUUAAUUUUACACGAAUCGACAUUCAUCCCUUAGGCGAUACAGAAAAAUAAAAUAAAUUAAUAUAU